GGGUUAACCUCGCCUCACUUUAAGCUAAACUUAGUUCGCUUCACGCUGCAAAACGAAACUUGCUGACCGAGUCCUCGUUUAUAAAACAGUCCAUUUUACUCGGAAAGCUUCAAUAUUUUGUUUGCAGGUUAUCAUUGAGUUCGACCGUUUGAGUCCACCAUGUCCGGCCACGGUCACGGCCACGGACACAGCCACAGCUGCGGGUCGGAGGGGCAGCAUGAGCCCGCAGAGAGAGGCGUGGAGUUCGGGUUGUAUCAACGCAUCGACCUGGAGAGACUCCAGUGUCUGAACGAGAGCAGGGACGGAGACGGACGGCUGGUGUUCAAGCCGUGGGACCAGCGGAACCUGCGAGACAAGUAUGUGGAGAGUGAUGUGGAUGAAGAGCUGCUGUUCAACAUCCCUUUCACCGGCAGCGUGAAGCUGAAAGGCAUCAUCAUCUCUGGAGAAAACGACGACUCUCAUCCAGCAGAGAUACGACUAUACAAAAACAUCCCUCAGAUGUCGUUUGAUGACACCGGCAGGGAGCCGGACCAAGCCUUCAGACUCAACAGAGACCCGCUGGCUGAGCUGGAGUAUCCCACAAAGAUUGCUCGUUUCUCCAGCGUCCAUCACCUCUCCAUCCACAUCUCUAAAAACUUUGGGGACGAGAACACCCGGGUGUACUACAUCGGCCUGAGAGGGGAAUAUUCAGAGACUCACAGACAUGAAGUGACCAUCUGUAACUACGAGGCGGCAGCAAACCCAGCAGAUCACAAAGUAGAGAGCAUCAUCCCGCAGACCAACUUCAUCUCCUGAGAACUGGAGGAGAAGAGGAAGAAGUUUUAGCGGCGUUUGCUGAAGGCCUAAAUGUCAAACAGGAAGUCCAGCGCUGCUUUUGGGCAGUGAGGAGGGGUUCAAGUGGGAGCGAGCGCUGUAAUCUUGGAAACUGGUGUGCUUCUAUUGUUUCCAUGGCAACAUGCUCAACAGCAUUGGCAAAGAUGCAUGAAAGCUUUUUUGUUUUUUUUAAUCUUCUGUGAUGAAUUGUGCUGUUAAAUAAAGCGAGGAAGGGAGGAGGACAGGGUCAGCUAUUUGUUAGGUGAACAUCUUGGUUGCCAUGACAACGGCCUGGAUUCAUUAUUCGCUGCAACACUGGAACGUUUUCAGGUUUAAAUCAUGAACAGCUUUGCUUGAUUCAGUGUUUCUGCACAUGAAAGGUGAUGAAGAUCUCAAGCCUUUCCUCAUCUUUUCUGAUGCUUAACAAUAAUAAAUAAGAUGCUACGAUAA